GGACUCCGAGGCGGUGGGGGAAGCCUCGCCCCCGCCCCCGCGCGCUCGAAGGACCCUCAGGCGGCGCGCGGCCACCCCGGGCCUGCGGGACCCAGCGCGGCGGCGGGGCGUGCAGCCUGUGGGGACCGUCUCUGACGCGGUGCGAAGAUGAGCGGCUCGUCCGGCCUCGCGGGGCAGCACACGUGGAGGCAGCAGCGGCCCUGUCGGGGGAGAGCGCCUCAGCUUUGAAGUGUGCAGACCUGCCACUGCUAUGGGUGACGCGAUCCUAGACCCAGCCCCUGGGAGACCCUUGGACAAGUCAUCCAGCCCAGCUUCCCAGGGGAAUGGCGGGACCUCUCUCAGUGUCAUCACGGAAGGCGUGGGGGAGCUGGCUGUCAUCGACCCCGAGGUGGCGAAGAAAGCCUGUGAGGAAGUCCUAGAGAAGGUCAAGCUGAUGCAUGGCAUCUCUCCGGACUGCUUGGCAAAACAAAGCAGGGGCAGUGAAGCAGAGGCUGCUCUGCGGAGCCGUGUGGAGCUGCCUAAUGGAGACUUGGGACAGGGCUGUGAAAUCAAGUGCUUGGAUGACCCCCCAGGUACACCCUCCAAGAUCCAGGAGGAGGAUGAGACUGUGGCCAACACGGUGAAGAGCGCCCGGAGGCGGCAGAAGAACAACUCUGCUAAGCAGUCUUGGCUGCUCCGGCUCUUUGAGUCCAAACUCUUUGAUAUCUCCAUGGCCAUCUCAUACUUGUACAACUCAAAGGAGCCCGGGGUACAAGCAUACAUUGGGAACAGGUUGUUCUGCUUCAGGAACGAGGACGUGGACUUCUACCUGCCCCAGCUGCUCAAUAUGUACAUCCACAUGGAUGAGGACGUUGGGGAUGCCAUCAAGCCCUACAUCGUGCACCGCUGCCGGCAAAGCAUCAACUUCUCCUUGCAGUGCGCCCUGCUGCUGGGCGCCUACUCCUCAGACAUGCACAUCUCCACUCAGCGACACUCCCGUGGGUCCAAGCUGCGUAAGCUCAUCCUCUCCGAUGAGCUGAAGCCAGCUCACAAGAAAAGGGAGCUACCGUCGCUGAGCCCAGCUCCUGACACGGGGCUCUCGCCUUCCAAAAGGACUCACCAGCGCUCCAAGUCAGAUGCUACGGUUAGCGUCAGCCUGAGCAGCAACUUGAAACGGACCGCCAGCAAUCCCAAGGUGGAGAGUGAGGAUGAGGACCUCUCAUCGAGUACGGAAAGUCUUGAUAAAUCAUUCUGUUCCCCUGUCAGACUUGCCCCCGAGAGGGAAUUCAUCAAAUCCCUGAUGGCCAUCGGGAAGAGACUGGCCACUUUGCCGACCAAAGAGCAGAAGACUCAGCGCCUCAUCUCAGAGCUGUCGCUGCUGAACCAUAAGCUGCCGGCACGCGUCUGGCUGCCCACGGCUGGCUUCGACCACCACGUCGUGCGGGUGCCCCACACCCAGGCUGUGGUGCUGAACUCCAAGGACAAGGCUCCCUAUUUAAUCUACGUGGAAGUACUUGAAUGUGAGAAUUUUGACACCGCUAAUGUGCCAGCACGGAUCCCCGAGAACCGGAUCCGGAGCACACGGUCUGUGGAGAACCUGCCCGAGUGCGGCAUCACACAUGAGCAGAGAGCUAGCAGCUUCACCACUGUCCCUAACUAUGACAACGACGAUGAGGCCUGGUCAGUGGAUGACAUCGGGGACCUGCAGGUAGAGCUGCCAGAGAUGCACACUAACAGCUGUGACAAUAUCUCCCAGUUCUCUGUGGACAGCAUCACCAGCCAGGAGAGCAAGGAGCCCGUGUUCAUUGCUGCUGGAGAUAUCAGGCGGCGCCUCUCUGAGCAGCUUGCUCACACCCCCACAGCAUUCAAGAGAGACCCCGAGGACCCCUCUGCUGUGGCCCUGAAGGAGCCCUGGCAGGAGAAAGUCCGACGGAUCCGGGAAGGCUCCCCAUAUGGCCACCUGCCCAACUGGCGCCUCCUCUCCGUAAUUGUGAAAUGUGGGGACGACCUGCGGCAGGAGUUGCUGGCAUUCCAAGUCCUCAAGCAGCUGCAGUCCAUAUGGGAGCAGGAGCGUGUGCCCCUCUGGAUCAAGCCAUACAAAAUCCUCGUCAUCUCUGCAGACAGUGGCAUGAUUGAGCCAGUUGUCAACGCCGUGUCCAUCCACCAGGUCAAGAAGCAGUCCCAGCUCUCGCUGCUGGACUACUUCCUGCAGGAGCAUGGCAACUACACUACAGAGGCAUUCCUCACUGCUCAGAGGAACUUUGUGCAGAGCUGUGCCGGCUACUGCCUGGUCUGCUACCUGCUCCAGGUCAAAGACAGGCAUAACGGCAACAUACUGUUGGAUGCAGAUGGGCACAUCAUCCACAUCGAUUUUGGGUUCAUCCUCUCCAGCUCACCGAGGAACCUUGGCUUUGAGACAUCAGCCUUCAAGCUCACCACUGAGUUUGUUGAUGUAAUGGGAGGCCUGGACGGGGACAUGUUCAACUACUACAAGAUGCUGAUGCUGCAGGGGCUCAUCGCUGCCCGGAAGCACAUGGACAAGGUCGUGCAGAUCGUGGAGAUCAUGCAGCAAGGUUCCCAGCUCCCCUGCUUCCAUGGCUCCAGCACCAUCCGCAACCUGAAGGAGCGUUUCCACAUGAACAUGACAGAAGAGCAGCUGCAGAUGCUGGUGGAGCAGAUGGUGGACGGCAGCAUGCGCUCCAUCACCACCAAGCUCUACGAUGGCUUCCAGUACCUCACCAAUGGCAUCAUGUGACACCCACGCCCGCCCCUUCCUCGGACGGCUGUCACGGCGAGAGCGGGGGCCCGGAGCCUCAGCCGAGGGAGAAGGUCUUCUUCCCCCAGUGGCAGAGGGCCGCCCGGCAUUGGCACCGCUCUUCCCAGACUGUUACACAAGCAAAGAAGAAAAAUCCCUGUGUGAAACAGACUGGACUGCGAAGGAUCAUGUGGGAAUCCUCAGCGUUUCAUAGCCAGGCCCAGCGCUGGCGGGACUGAGCCAGCGUUAGCCUCUGGAGACCGGCGCCUCCACUGAGCCCCUGAGCCACACAUCCAUCUGUCCCCCCUUUCAGUAUUAUGCCUCUCAACGUCCUGUGAACUCUUCCGCAAUCUCAUAAACCUUCAGGGCCAGGGGUGAGGGAUUUACCCUGUCCCUGGGCUGGUAUUUUGAGCCGUCUGCUGUUGCCACUUGAAUCCUGGCUCCGUGAGACCCCAGCACGGCCCCUGACUUCCCCCCACAUCGUCUCUUUGCACAUUUUUAAUGCAAGAUUCAGGUCGUUGGCACACAGCAAAGCCCAUCUCUGGUGUGGGUCACCAGACACGAUUUUCCCCCCCCGCUCCCCGCCCUCGUUGCACAGUCUUAACCUUCCACAGCGGAGCAUUACUGGGACUCUGGUGAUAUUUUUUUUUUUUGUUUGUUUGUUUUUUUGUUUCCCUGCCUCCUCGCAGGCUCCUGGGCCUGCGUCUCCAGGCACCUUUAUGGACUCUUUUGCGAGUCCGGGACUGUGAAGAUUCCCCCACCCCCUGCAAUAAUUUCUGGCUUAGUGCUUAGAUUUGUGUCCCACUGGAUGUUGGGUCCUGCCCCCGGCUGCUGCCUGGCCGCACCUUCCGGACUCUGCAGUGGGCUCUGCAGGGCAGAGGACAAGGGAAGCUGUCCCCUGCUUCAUGUGCGACUCGUGGCUGCUGUGGCCGUGUCCCAUGGCUGACUGGCUCUGUUGCCCUGAGGGCAGGGUGCCACCUCCCUCGUGGGGUUGAGCGUGUCCAAGCCCUGCCUCGAGCAAUGAGUUGUCGGCUUCCUGGACGGGCGGUGAGAUGCUGGUGGGGCUAGUUCUUCCGGCCCUGGGGGCUGCGAGGCCCAGCCCGUGCCUGCCUCGCCAGCCUGCCCCUCGGCUUUGGGAAUGCUGGCUCGCCCGUAGCUUUGCAGUGCGCAGCCCUAGCUAGUGCCUUCAUUGGUCCGCAUAGCGCAGCUACUGAUUGUCCAGACCCCGGCAGGUGCCGUGAAGCACCAAGCCCUGAGCCUGGGCUGUUGGGUGUCGGAGUCCAGGGGGUGGGUGUCAGGCUCCAGCCCAGGAGGGCUCCGUACCCUACGGGGAGCUGCUAACGAGGCUUCUCCACAUGUUUGGUGUUUAGCUAAACCUCCACGUUUGUGUGUCCUCCCUGUCCCCCCAGUGUGCCCAGGCUCCCUGCCCCUGCUGGUCAGACGGUGGCCCCCUCUACACCCUGGGUGUGUUUGCUGCGAAGCUCCCGGUCCCCCACUCCCCACAUUACCUGUCCCAGUCCUGGGUCUCUGUGAGCACUAAUGAUUUGCAAUGUUGAUUUAUUCAGCCUUUUUUAAAAACUAUUUUAACCUAACGGCCUGGAGGUGACUGGCAGGGUGUGGCUGCAUGGGCCCAGCCUUGCCACUGUCAUGCACCGCAGUCCAAGCCAAGGCUGGCUCUUGUGCCGCCCCAUGAAGGAGCCCAAUUCCCCUUUCCCUGUAGCGAGUGUGGUGACUGAUUGGGCACGGUCUCAGGGCAGCCCUGUUCCUGGCUCCUUGCUACUGGUGUGGGGACAGCUCCACAGCCUGGGGAGAAGGGUGUGGAGGAACGGUAAAAGCCUGGGCACUCUCCCCUCCUCUGUUGGCACUUUCCUUUGCUUGGUUCGGUUCCACUGUCCCUGCUGGCUGUUCCCGGUUCUGCAUAGUUCCUGGAGCAUGUGGGUGAGAGCCUGGGGAAAUGUGCUCCGGCAGAGCCCUGCCGCUGGAAGCGGAGAAGCCAGUGUCAGUAGCAGGGAGCAAAUCCCCGACCUCAUCACUGCUUCCAUAAGACUCUGUCCUUUUCCUUCCCUUCCCCUCUCCCGGCUCCCCCUAGCACUGCCUGUGCAGCACCUGUUCCCCGAGCAGCUGGCUGGGUCCCAGGCAAGGGGCUGUGGGGUCCCCGAGGCAGGCUGUGUUUCUGGGGCAAGGGGCCCCACAGGGCUGUGGCAGAGCUGGGGGCGCUGGCUCCAGGGGCCACCAGCCUGCAACUUUUGUACUAAAACAAGGAUAAAAAUAAACUGAACCUGGGAAAUGGC